GCCUUAACCAUGAUCCAUGAAAAUUGCUGGUUCUGAAACAAGCACCAAGCAAAAGUAAACCUUCCAUUUCAAUGGCUGCUCUUGCUUCUUCAUCCUCCUCCUCCUCCCUCCUCUUCACCUCACCGCCUUCCAAGCUUUCUUCCCCUUCUCUCUAUCCUCUCCCACGCUUAUCUUUUCCCAUUACCUCUUUUCUUUCUUCUCCUCUCUCGAUCUCUCCUUCUUCCCUUCCCUACCCCACAACCUCUACACGCUACUCUCCUUUCACUGUCAGGGCCGCUGCUGCAGACAAGAAGACGGUCCUUAUACUCAAUACAAACAGUGGUGGCCAUGCAGUCAUUGGUUUUUACUUUGCAAAACAACUUUUGGGUUCUGGCCAUGAGGUCACCGUCAUGACUGUCGGAGAUGAGGGUUCGGAUAAGAUGAAGAAGCCUCCUUUUAACAGAUUCUCCGAAAUUACGAGUGCUGGAGGGAAGACCGUGUGGGGAGACCCUGCGGAUGUAGGGAAUGUUGUUGCAGGGGCACCAUUUGAUGUGGUGUUGGAUAACAAUGGCAAGGACUUGGACACCGUCAGGCCGGUGGUAGAUUGGGCGAAGAGCUCUGGAGUGAAGCAAUUCCUGUUCAUCAGCAGUGCCGGAAUCUAUAAGCCGACAGACGAGCCACCUCAUGUCGAAGGGGAUAUUGUUAAAGCUGACGCAGGCCAUGUCGGAGUCGAGAAAUACAUUGCAGAAGUUUUCAGUAGUUGGUCUAUAUUCCGGCCACAAUACAUGAUCGGAUCCGGAAACAACAAAGACUGUGAGGAGUGGUUCUUUGACAGAAUUGUGAGAAACAGACCUGUGCCAAUCCCAGGCUCAGGGAUGCAACUUACUAACAUUGCCCAUGUUAGAGACUUGUCCUCUAUGCUGACCCUAGCUGUUGAAAAACCAGAAGCUGCAGCUUCUAAUAUCUUCAAUUGUGUGAGCGACCGUGCAGUGACUCUUGAUGGAAUGGCCAGAUUGUGUGCCGAAGCCGCCGGCUUACCGGUAGAAAUUGUUCAUUACGAUCCAAAAGCUGCCGGAAUCGAUGCAAGGAAAGCUUUUCCUUUCCGUAAUAUGCACUUUUACGCCGAACCAAGAGCUGCAAAGGACAUACUAGGGUGGGAGGGCACAACAAAUCUGCCAGAAGACUUGAAGGAGCGAUUUGAGGAGUAUGUAAAGGUCGGGCGUGACAAGAAACCCAUGAAGUUCGAGAUAGACGAUAAGAUACUAGAUGCCCUUAAAGUUCCGGUAGCUGUUUGAUAAGCCAUAAUCAAGUGGCAUUCUAAAUUUUAAACUCAUACGAGUCCAUGCUGCCAUUAUGUAUGAGGGUGUAUGUUCUGUUUUUGUUUCCCCUGGCAAGUCUUCUCAAUUUAAAUCGAAU